AUGCAGUGGUGCCCAGUCCGCAGCCGCCGCCUGUCCCUCCCAGCCUUUGACUCGUGGAAGAAGGUUGAUGGCAGAGUCGCAAACACUGCACAUAUCUGCAAGACCUACGGUCUGUGCAAGACCUGGGUGGUCCGCCUCCCAAAUGGCGCGUACGAGUACAUGUCCGCGUACGCGGACUACUUCGGUCAAGUGUGGACCGAUUAUUUCUACUAUCGGCCAUACGACUAUCCCAAGGAUUCAAGUCUCCUUGGAUGGGACGACGACUUGUGGGAGCAGGGUGUGGACAUGAUGCUGGCCACACACGAAGCGUGCUUGCGGGUGGAGGAGCGUUCGGGAAUGUAUUGA